AUGAUUAAGUUCAAAGACAUAGUUCUUCAAGCAAAAAGAAUAGUUCUUACAAAAAUAUCGCGUAUAAGGCACAUUAUCAAGGUGCCAAAGGGCCACUUUACUGUAUACGUUGGAGAAGAUGAAAAAGAGACAAAGAGAUUUGUUGUUCCAAUCUAUUAUUUGAAACAUCCUUUGUUCCAAGCUCUGUUGCAUCUAUCUGAAAAUGAAUUUGGCACAGUUUAUUCGAGGAAAUAUCUCACGAUCCCUUGUGCUGAAGAUGUCUUCAUUGACGUUACUUCUCGUUUGAAUCGAAUUUAA